GCGCCCCAUGUCGCAGAUCAGCGGCGUCAGGAAGCUCACGCACGGCUCCAGCCUCGCCGCCGCCGGCAUCCCUCGCUUCGGGGUGCGCACGGACCACGAGGGGCUGCUGGCCAAGGAGCUGGAGGACACCAACAAGUGGGGUCUGGACGUCUUCAAAGUCGCCGAGUAUUCGGGCAACCGCCCGCUGACGGUCCUCAUGUACAGCAUCUUCCAGGAGCGCGACCUGAUGAAGACCUUCCGCAUCCCCGCCGACACCUUCAUCACCUACAUGCUGACGCUGGAGGACCACUACCACGCCGACGUGGCCUACCACAACAACAUCCACGCCGCCGACGUGGCCCAGUCCACCCACGUCCUCCUGUCCACGCCGGCGUUGGAGGCCGUCUUCACGGACCUGGAGAUCAUGGCUGCCAUCUUCGCCAGCGCCAUCCACGACGUCGACCACCCCGGGGUCUCCAACCAGUUCCUCAUCAACACCAACUCGGAGCUGGCGCUGAUGUACAACGACGCCUCGGUGCUGGAGAACCACCACCUGGCCGUGGGCUUCAAGCUCCUCCAGGAGGAGAACUGCGACAUCUUCCAGAACCUGAGCAAGAAGCAGAGGCAGUCGCUCCGUAAAAUGGCCAUCGACAUGGUGCUGGCCACGGACAUGUCCAAGCACAUGAACCUGCUGGCGGAUCUGAAGACCAUGGUGGAGACCAAGAAGGUGACCAGCCUGGGGGUGCUGCUGCUGGAUAACUACUCCGACCGCAUCCAGGUGCUGCAGAACAUGGUGCACUGCGCCGACCUCAGCAACCCCACCAAGCCCCUGGAGCUGUACCGGCAGUGGACCGACCGCAUCAUGGAGGAGUUCUUCCGCCAGGGCGACCGCGAGCGGGAGAAGGGGAUGGAGAUCAGCCCCAUGUGCGACAAGCACACCGCCUCCGUGGAGAAGUCCCAGGUGGGCUUCAUCGACUUCAUCGCCCACCCGCUGUGGGAGACCUGGGCCGACCUGGUGCACCCCGAUGCCCAGGAGAUCCUGGACACGCUGGAGGACAACCGGGAGUGGUACCAGAGCAUGAUCCCGCGCAGCCCGUCCCCGCCGCCCGAGGGUCCCGGGGUGCCCCCGGCCCCCACCGACAAGUUCCAGUUCGAGAUGACGCUGGAGGAGGAGGAGGGCGAGUCGGACACGGAGCCGGAGGGGCCCGAGAGCCCCUUGGACGAGGACAACAGUGGCUCCAAGACGCCGGCCACGGAUGACUCGGAGUCGGCCGACACUGAGCACCUCUCACCCGGCUCCGGAGACCGGGACUUGCCCCGGGGUGGGUGCCCCGGGGACGUGGACAACCGGCGGGCGCUGGAGGGGACGCUGACGAAGGACGGUGGCAGCUCAGCACCGGGCUCCGAGGGCAGCCGGGAGCUGUGCCUGGACACGGAGGGCAACGUCACAUUCCUGCCCCUGGGCACGUAGCGGCCCCGGCUGGCGGGUCCCGUCGCUGCCGCAGGGACGUGGGACACGGCAUUGCCCCAGCGAGUGCCACGGGCAUCCCAGGCUCCUGGCAUCGUCACUGCUGGGACCGGGGCGGCCGUCGGGACACGGAGGGACCCGAGGAAUGUCCCCGCACGGUAGCUGGGCAGGUACCGAUGGGCACAAGGCCACCACGGCUCAUUCCCUCCCGACUGUCCCCUGCUCCCACCCAGCGUCCCGACGUCCAGGUCCCCGUCGCCUGCAAACGGGUCUUGGGGACGUUUUGCUCUUGCCCUGUCCCAGCCCUGGGCACACUGUGGCUCCCCGGGGAGAUGUCCCCCGUUGUGCCAGGCGCAGCCAAAAGCCUGUGGGCGUCCGGGUGCCACGAGGCUCCCCGGUGUCAGGGCACCAGGGCACGACGCUGGCUGCUUGGGCACGAGUCGGGGGGGGGGGGGGUCAUUUAUUUGGGGGGGGGGGGGGGGGGGGUCACUUUUUAAAGCCUUUUGUAGCUCACUUUUUAAUACCAGCCUCACCUCGGCGCACUCACACGCGUUUCUGUGGCGGAAGCUGCUCUCUGACUGUGACCAGCACCCGAAAUGCUGCAUUUAUACUUUGCACUUUGGGCCCCCGCCGGGCGCUGCAGCCCCACGUGUCCCCGCAGGGACCGGGGCAGCCCCCGGGGGUCGUUUCGGUUUCUUCCUUCACCCUCCAGAUAUUAAAACCUGGUUUGUUCCCCCU